UUCACGUCCAACUGCCAAUCUGUCAUUUUGUCUGAACAUUAAAUUAUUUAAAUGCGUUGUGACAGGUUAAGACCACACCUGUACGUAUCUGCGCUGUCUCGUAGAAAUGCGGCAUUUGCUUGUCACUCACAGACGGAAAAGGUAGACAACAAUAACUUGCUGUUACAAUGUCGAUCAACAAGGACGAAUCUUGGGCUGUCAUAAAGAAGCUAGACACGGUGAAGGAUUACAAGACCUGUGCGCACGUUUAUGAUGAAAUAUUUGAUACACUUUCCUAUAGUGCACCAAACCACGUGGCGCGAGCAGUUAAUGAGUUGCUAGGCAACAAGAAGGAUGCUCUGAUACUGGAUGCAGGGGCUGGGACAGGAUUGGUGGGGAAGGAGCUUCACGAUCUCGGCUUCACUAACCUCGAUGCUCUUGAUGGAAGUCAGGAAAUGCUUAAUAUAGCCAAUCAGAAAGGUGUUUACAAGAGGACUAUUUGUGAUUUGCUUGGCACAAAUAGAUUAGAUAUAUCAAAUGACACGUACUCCUGUGUGUUGGUAGUUGGUACCAUUGUUCCUGGCCAUGCUAACGCCAGUUGUCUCCCGGAGCUCAUUAGAAUUACCAAACCAGGUGGAUUUGUGGUCAUAACAACAAGAGACGUUCACGUGCAGGGUUGCGGGCAUGCCGGGAAAUCUCUGGCAGAGUGGAUGGGGAUACACGAGAAAAACAAGCUUUGGCGAAAGAUGGAGACUAAGAGAGUCGAAAAUUACCUGGAUGGCCAUGCUGGGAGUAUUGAUAUAUUUCAGGUGGUUUGAGGAGUCCUGAUAUCACGUGGCCACUUUAAAAUAGAAUAAUGUGAUUGUCACUGGUAUAUCUCAAUAGGCUAAGAAGAGACAUAUAACAGUUUGACGGAGACAUUGACUAA